UAAUUAUGGAAGAAACUACGGUGAUUAAGUAUCAAAUUAUUAUUCUAAUCUUUAUGAUCGUCUUCUGCGAUACUAUAGCACUAUGCAUAGUUUUGACGAUGGCAAUCGGAAAACGGUCAUACAUCACAGCACAGUUACCGUCUGUACUGAUUUCGGAAAAAAAAUUUGAGCAUACAUUUGGUCCAUUUUGGAUUUAUCUUACCGCAAUCAGUUUUCAUAUGAUUGCAGCUGGAAUGAUGUGUAUUAUUGGAAUCAGCAGACGGUAUAUAAUUACAGAUUUAUUAUUUGAGGCAUAUAUCUAA